GGAGAUAGUAGGACAGGUUCUAGAGUAGAAACCAACCGAGCCUUGCUAGGCCAGUCCGGAGAAGCAGGACGCCAUAUUCGAAAAGUGUAAAUCACGUUAAUAUACCUUUGUUUCCCUCAUCUUUAAGUUGGCUGUGUAAAGAAUAACUUUGGGAAAUGUGUAACAAAGAUUUCGUGAAGAUUGUAAUUUAAGUUCGUUCCUGGCAGAGCUUCUUACGGCCAAUCUUUACAGGAACAACCAACAGGUGUUCCUUGCUCUAUCUUCAGUUCGAAUGUGCAGUUCAGCUUACACCAUGGCAGCACUUCAAACACAAGGAGGACCCCGAAACCUAGUACAAGCAUUAGGAUUAGCGACUGUGACUCUGUUUCUAUGUGGAAAUUGUCCUUUUGUCCACUGUGAAAUGUCAGAACUAAAGAACGUCUCGUCGUCACAUAAAUCCCGAUUACCGUCUGUCUGUCCGGCGGAGUUUCAAGGCAAAUGCCAUUGUGGGGAAGUACCGUACGGACCCCAAGGCAAAUUGACUUACGUUACGAACUGCACGAACACAAAUUUUACUGACGCAGUGAUGCUAAAAGAGCUACCGUUAGAAACCGAAGUUCUUAUUUUCACUGGCAACCAUAUUCCCGACCUGCCUUUUAACGUGUUUGGCACUGCAGCGUUUUACAGCAGACUCCACAUCAUUGACAUGUCUAACAAUCAUAUCCAGAGUAUCAAGGGAAAGACCUUUCACCACGUCAAGUUCGUAAAGAAGCUAGUGCUGAAUGACAACGACCUAUACAUCGUUAGCAAGGAUGAACAUCCUCGUAUGUUCAAAAACUUUUAUAAUCUGGAGGAACUGCAUCUGAAGAACGCCUUCACCGAAAAAGUCUCUAAUUACUUAUACAACCUAGAGGUCGCCUUUCAAGACAGCCAGCUGGAUAACUUGCGGGUUUUAAACCUGGAACAGAACGAAUUUAGUAGCAUUUUGAAUGAAAACUUCUUUUGUUCCAUGCCAUCACUAACGGAAAUUCACGUGGGAGGAAACAGAAUGAAAGACUUCCGGUUGAAUUCUACUUGUCUUCCGCGCUUGAAUCUCGUUGAUCUGAGUAAUAACAAUAUACAAGGUUUAAAAAAUUCAACGAUGCACCUUUUAGACGCUGUGCCUGGAUUGGAAGUAAACUUGACAGGGAAUCCAUUUGAAUGUGACUGCCACCUAGUGGAUAUGUACCGUUGGUUGGCCACCACUAAAACAAGGGUAACCGGUAAAGAAAGGUUUCAGUGUGUAACUGGGUUUCCUCCCAAAAACGUUCGGAAACUGAUAAGCCAUGUUCCACUUUACGAUCUGGAAUGUCCCUUGAAAAGAACUGAUUUUCACGGUCACCUCAGCGCCUCCUAUGGAGUGAUGGUGUUAAUAAUAGUGAUCUGUGUGGUAAUGGUGUCGUUACUCGUUUAUAGACACCGAUGGGCUAUCUACGAGUUUGCUCGAAGCUGGUCUCAGCCAAUCAGAAACAAGAUGAAAUAUUCUUCUCUGGAUAAACGCGAAGAAGCUGAGAUGGAAGUGUAAGGUGUUACAGUUAUUGUCAUAAAUAAUAAUAGAUCAAACAAGUGCGUUUCGGUCCACAUAUAGGUAGGUUAGCCAUGAAAUACGCCUUUCUAAGGUUUAAAACAUCACGAACACCUUUACAAAAGUAACAUCUCACAUUCAAAAUUGUAUUAAAUGUACAAUUUGUCUACGCAUGCGUGUGGUAUAAAAAGUUUAGUAUGCCAGCGUAAGCGUAUACGAGAAUGCGAAUGAGACAUAUAUUAGAUAUCGGCUAUGUUUUUUAACCUAAACUACGUCAAUGUUUACUUACUUUUAGAGGAUAAAAUUUUUCUCACCAAGAUUUAAGAAACAAACGUUACUGUAGUUUAGUGAUUGACUAACACACUGAAAUGCUUUAUUUCCACAACCAGGACUGAUGGUGUAUUUAAAAAUACAGCCCGUGCAUGGUUUGGAUAAUAUGUAUUUGGUGUUUAUUUUUUAAAUAAAAGA